CGUCGGUGAAAGUUUUUAUGCCAGGUAUGCUUCGCAAUAGGCUGGGCUAAACAGGCGGGGGUUUGCAUAUAAAACUGAACCUCCAGUUGGAGACCCAUCAUAUCGAAAAUACACUCAAGGAAUCCGUUACAGUGAGACAAGAUGCUCGAAAGCGAAGUGUCCAUGUGCUUUAUCUUCUACAGCACGCUUUUAAUCUUAAAAAUGUUCAUUAUUGCCAUCAUCACUGGACAAGUUAGACUUCGGAAAAAAGCAUUCGCUAAUGCUGAGGACGCUGUAAGACACGGAGGUGUGCAGUAUUGCCGCACUGAUUCAUACGUGGAUCGUUGUUUGAGGGCACAUCGCAAUGACAUGGAGAACAUUUUCCCCUUUUUGUUUCUAGGGGCUGUCUAUUCCAUGACUGGCCCUUCAUAUACAGUGGCACGAAUUCACUUUUUGAUUUUCUUCCUGGGUCGAGUUGUUCACAGUGUGGCAUACCUGUUGGCACUGAAAGCCCCGACACGUUCACUCGCCUAUGUCAUCGCUCAGGUGCCUUGUGUUUCCAUGGCGAUACAGAUACUUAUGGCUGUAGCCUCAUUUGCCUAACAUUGUCCAAUAUGAAGUUCUGUGACUGGUCAAGACUUCUCAUCCUUUACAACUGUGAUGCAGGACGCUGCUUUGGUGAUUCAUUUCAUCCAGUUUUAUGAACUUACAAUCUAUUUUAAGGUGACUUAUGACAAUUAAUGACUCAAUUCAUUGUUCAGUUUAGAAAUGGACAGCAUUCCAAGCAUCUUCUCUAAAUGGCAAGUGUUGCCAUCCAAAUGAAGGUUAUUUAAUGUAAUCUUACUAUGUUUAAACAAUGAGGUUUGCAUGUACUCUGUGUAUUUUUUAUAUAACAGGCAUAGUUGUCCUUUUUUGGACAUGCUGUGCUAGAUUCAUACCCACAGUCAACAGAGUAGCGAGUAGCAAAUGAUCAUCUGUACGGUUUUCUGCUGCAUGUUUACACAAGCAAUAACUGUUUAGAUUAGCUCAUAAUCGACAUGAUGGUUUUACAAUGACUUUGCAAACUUGGAAAGAGUUUUUUUUUGUAUCACAUGAGCCAGUGGCAUAUCUAGUCUUUCUAGCAUGUAUAUGCAAGUGAGUGUUGUGGGUGUGCAGCAGUAACAAACCUAAUUUGAACUUCACUAUAGAUGAGAGAGAAUCGGCAAAGCCCAGGCUUUUCAAAGUUAUUGUAGCGUUAAAAUAAUGCUGCUGAAUAGACAGCGCUCUUCCUCUUUGUCUGCCAGGCUCUGGGUUUAUGGCAUUUCAAACACAGCCUCCAAUUUGCAGUGUGGUGCAUACAGAACAGAACUUUGAGCCUGUGCAACAGACAUGAACUAGUGGACUAAGUGUUUCUACAUAUUGAUUUGAGUUAUUAGCUUGAUCAAAGCAUUUUUCACACAUUUUUAUAUUUUUAUAAUUGUAUGUUAUUAGCAAGAUAUAACUUAUUUUUCUUUUAUAGUAUUGUAUUUUUUGUGUAGUGAUUUUAAGGAGAUUGUAAAAACAUGUUUUUUAUAAUAAAAGAAUAUUAAACUAUA